AUGGGCCCGCUGGCGGCCCUGAUGGUUUGGGCGGGCAUUCUGGUUGUGUUUGCCAACUGCUGGAAGCGGCUGCUCGGCCUGGCGGUGACCCACUUUGCGCACGGCCGCGCCUUCCGCCUCUCUAUCGGCCAGUUUUUCUUUGCAGGCCUGGCAGACUUGCGCUUGGUGCUGCAUGUGGGCCCCAUGCGUGAGCUGCGCAUCGCUCACCUCUCAGUUGGGAUGGCCAGCAAAGGCCCCGCCGCCGCUGCUGCUGGAGAUGCCGGCGCCAGCGGCGUUGCCGCCACCAGCGGCGGGGCCAGCUGGCUGUGGCAGGUGCUGAUCAGCGGCCAGCUGCUGCUGCCGGGGCUGACAGUCCAGGAUGAGAGGCGAGGUGUGAUGCUGCACCUGCACCAAGGGUCCCUGGCCCUGCACGGAGUGCAGCAGCUGGUGCUGGAGGGCCUCUCUGCUGCCCUGCUGCCCAACUCCAACAGCACGCUUGCCGGCAGCAGCAGCAGCAGCAGCGGCAGCAGCCCGAGCCGCCUGACGGCGGCACUCCAGAGCAGCUGGGGGCUGGGCAGCGGCCCCGGCAGCCCCAAGGCGGGCAGCCCUUCUCUCUCGCUACAGCUAGGCGCCAUCAGCCUGACUGCCAGCAAGCAGCUGCUGCUGUGGGUGCAGCAGCAGUGGAGAGUGCAGGCCGCAGCGCGGCGGCGGGGCGCAAGGCCGCAGCAGGCAGCGCCACCGCCUGCACAGGACGACAAGCAGCAGCGGCUGCUACGCCUGCUGGAGCUGCUCCCAAGAGAUAUGGAGGCAGCUGUUGCUAGCUGCAGUGUGGCCACAGACAGUAGCAGCAGCAGUGCCAGUGCUGGCGGCGGGCUGCCGCUGCAGGCAGCCUUUGGCUUGAGGGGCUUCAGCUGCCGUCUUGCCAAGGCGGCGGCAGAGGAGGGAGCAGACAGCGGCAGCAGUGCCAGCAGCUGCGCAGUAGCACUGACCAGCGUAAGGGCAGGCUGGCAGCAGCUAUCUGCCAGCCUUGGGGCAGCGAGCGGGACUGGGCACAGGCAGCAGCUGCUGCCAUCCGCCGUGGCGUUGAGCAGCGGGGCAGCCGAGUGGUCGCUGGACCUCUCGCCGGCGGCAACAGGCGUUGCUUCGCAGCAGCAGCAGCAGCAGCAGCAGCAGGGCCUCAGCCAGGGUUCCCUGUCAGUGGUAGCCAAAGUCAGCAUCGGCGCCUUGCACACAGAUAUCUGCCACCCCGCAGUGCAGCCGCUGGUGUGCCAGCUGCGCCAGAUGGCCGCGGCUGCCACGGCAGCCAUCAAGCCGGCACCUCCAGCAGUGGCAACAGCAGAGACACUGCUUCCAGCUGAUGCCAGCGGCAUCCAGGGCGAGGUUGGUGGGCUUGGUGGCCAGAGGCAGGCACAGGCGUCGAUUGGCCACGCUGAUUCGGCGGCGCCACUGCUGGCGGAGUGGCAUGGCAGCGUGAGCCUCGGAGAUGGCAGCAGGCUGCUGUUCACAGAUGCUGCGGGGCGCUGCUGCUGGAGCAGCAGCCUGGCAUCGUGCAGGCUGGCAGUGCAGGGUGGCAGCAGCAGCACGGCUUCCGGCAGCUUUGAGGCGGAUGGCAUCGAGAUGCACGCCCUCGCCACAGGCAGCCUGGCUGGCCAGCAGCACGCGCCGGUGCUGCCGCCGCCUCAGAUGCUGGCCGCAAAGCUGCUGCGGGUGCAGGUGGAGCACUCAGCCCAGGCCUUGCACCAGGACCAGCAGCAGCAGCAGGCAGCAGGCGCAUCGCUGGAUGCCACCACGGCUGGCGUGCACCUGCUGCUGCAGCAGCAGCAGCUUGCGCAGGUGGCCAGCGUGAUUGUCAGCUUGUUGCCGACGCCCAAGGCAACGGCAGCAAGCGAUGCCGGCACUGCGGCAGCUGCCCCGCUGGCGUCGGUGGCCGCGGCGGCGGCCAGCAGCCGGCGGCGGCAGCGGCUGCCGCUGCCGCUGCGCCUCGCCUUCUCCUGUGCCGACACGCUGGUUCUGCUGCCCACCACCGUCACCGUGCCAGCUCAGCACGCAUCCAGCGGGCAGCUGCAGCUGCUGCCGACGGCGCCAGCGCUGCUGCUCAGCAGCAUGAGCGGCAGGCUGGGCGGGAGCGGCGGCACCAGGCUGUCCGCCGAGGGGUGCUGCCUGCUCUACUGCGAGGGGCCCCUCUCCCAGCGCUUCCCCAGCCGCUCCGACGCCCUGAAGGAGCAAGCCAAGCUGGCAAUCGUCAGCCUGGACCGUGCUGCUUUCCGACAGGCCACAGCGGCACCUGCAGCGGCGGCAGCGGCACUGGAGCGGCCGGCAGAUGCUUCCGUUGUACCUGACACGGCUGAGGCUGGCGGCAGCGGUGGCGGCAGCAUUGGCGACAGCAGCAGCGGCAUGCAGCUCGAUGUUGGGUCUCUGGCGGCCUGCGCAGAUGCGGAUGCGCUUCUGUGCCUGGCAGCGGUGGCAGAUCACGCCGCUCAGCAGCUGGCGCCGGUGCUUGCGGCAGUGCCCCGCAGCGGCGGCGGCAGCAUCAGCAGCGAGGGCCAGCCGCGCGCGACCAAGCAGCGGCGGCCGCGGCAGCCGCUCAGCGUCACGGUGGGACAGCUGCGCGUGGUGCAGCCGCUGUACGCACCCGAUCGUGGCCGUGACAUGGUUGUGGAGGUGGCGGCGGUGCACGCUGUGGUCGGGGCACAGCAGGGCUGUCAGCACAGCGUGAGCACAGCGGGCGCAGCGCUCAACAUGGACGGCACGCCUGUGCUCCGCUGGCGGCAGCUGGCAGCCAGCCUGCGCCUGCCAGGGCCGGCGGCCAGCGGCAGCAGGCUCGCGGCGCCGCUGCUUGCUGCUGAGACGGCGGCGGCAGGGGGCGUGGGGGCUGCACCGGCAGAUGCUGAUGCAGGCAGCGAGUCUCAGGAGCAGGGGCAACCGCAGCCAGAUGUGGGCGGCAGCCCUGCCAGCUACGACGCAUACCACCGUGCCAGGCUGGAGGCCUGGCUGGAGGCCGAUGCUGCGACGGCGCCGUCCGCAGCGGCAGCGGCAGAGGGCGGUCAGCGGCAAACGCAGGACGCCGCAGCGGCGGCGGCCCUGGGGUGCGGCCCCGCUAGCAUUUUGGAUGCCCGCUUCAGCGGCGCGGAGCUGGUAGUGCCGCACGAUGGCGAGCCGGGGCCCACGGAACGGUACGCCGAGCUGUACUUCAAGGCGCUGGAGACGGCCAUGCACCAGCACCUGCAGCACCUUGAGCUGUUCAAACGACAGCUGCGUAGCGGCGGAGGCGGUGCGGCGGGGGCCAACGGGCAGCAGGUGCCAGCAGACGAGCGGCGGCAGCGGCCCCCGCUGCUCUUCCCCAUGCAGAUCAACCUGGUGGCAGAGGAGCCUGCCCUGCGCUUUGAGCAUCAUCCGAUGGAGGCUUGGAUGGCGUCUCGGGGGCCGCUGCUGCAGCAGCUGGCAGUGCAGCAGCACCUGUGGGGCGAGGUGGCGGCAGCUGUCCAGCCCGCCGACACCGCCAGCCCGCUGCACGCCGGCAUGGUGGAGAGCGCGUUUGAGACGGUGGCGGCCGCCAGCCAGCAGGCCUGGGAUGGGCUGAUGCAGGAGCUGCUGCUGCUGUACCGCAGCAAACUGCGGCAGGCAGACCGCUGGAACCGGCGGCAGCUGCGGCCGUCACAGGAGCAGGAGCAGGAGCAGGGGCAGGGGCAGGAGGCGGCGCCUGGCUCAGGGCCGGCUCUGGCAGGCGGGGAUGGCGGUGAGGGCACGGGGGGCCCCAGCGGCGGCGUGGUCGCCCCUCCCGGCCACGAUCUCAUGGUGAUCAGCUGCAGCCGGCUGCAGGGCCUGGUGGCGGUGUGCUGCGGCAGCGACGAGGCGCGGGCGGCGGCGCGGCGCCAGAUCGCGGAGGCCGACCCGCCGUCGGAGGCCGUGCCCAUGGCCAAGAUGCUGAAGCUGCAUGUGGAUGUGGCGGCAGACGACUUUGCCAUGCGUCUGGCCGGCACCAGCCGCCCGUUUGUGGGCGCGGGCGGCGUGCUGAUCAGCGGCGCUGCCGCGGUGGCACGCCAGGCCACCGCGCCGCCCCAAACGCGCCAGAGGCAGCUGCCCAUCGGGGCCCACCGCCGCGUUGCCAUUCCCAUAACAGUCAAGGGGUGCAGGCCUCCCUUCAAGUUCUACACAGACCUGGCUCUGGAGGCCAGCACGCUGACAGUGUGCCACUCCCAGGCAGGCGGGGAGGCUGGGCUGGAGCCAACGAUGACGCUCGUGGGCCUGGCAGGCAAGCGGCUGAGCCCCAGCGACCCAGACAGGAGCGUGCCGCGGCCGCCGCCCAUCCCUUGGUGGGACGACUUGCGCUACAUGUGGCGCGGCCCUGUGGCGCUGUCGGUGGGCCGCUUCGGGCUGACCCUGGGCGGUACCGCACACCCCGGCAUCUGCGAUACCAGCGAGCGCAUGGAGGUGGAGGCCUGCGGGGUGCAUGGCCGCCUGCUGUCGGGGCGAUACGAGCUAGAGACGGGAGAGCUGAGCGUGACGCUGCACCGCGCGGCAGGCGUGCAGCAGCUGGGCGGUACGCUUCUGGAAUUGCCCUUCCUGCGGGCGCCUCAAGCCAGCGUCAGGCUGGAGGUGGACUGGAAGCUGCCUGGGGGGCGCCCCGCGGAGGAGCACCACCUGUUCCCUGUGGUACUGCCUCCAGCUGGCGCCCUGCAGGCGCCGGUGCAUGCGGGGGUAGCGUACAAGGUGGACAGCUGGGGUCUGGCUCUGCAUGUGGAGCUGGGGCAGGGCGGAGCGGCGCCCGGCGACGGUUCCGCGGCGGCAGGGCCUGCGGUUGGCUUCCUCGGCGGCCAUCAGAUCCAAUGGAUGAAACAGUUUGUGGCGGUGAUGAACCGGCUGCCGCCGCAGGCAAGGCGCAGCGCGGCCCGCUCGGGGGACGCCGACCAUUUCUGCCUGAACAUCGUGGCGGCACCCCUGGAGGUGGUGCACUAUGCUGGGGACCCCUCUGACCCCUCCCACGGCAUCCACCUGCACGCCCCCUCCUGCGCCUACACAGCCUGCUACCUCUUCAACCAGCCCCUGCCCACCUUCCUCAAGCUGCCCCCCCACGCGCGCGGCAACAAGAGGAGGCAGGAGGCCACCCGCACCCUGACCCUCAGCAUGGACGUCCAGGCCGGCGGCGUGACGGUCCACAAGGCCGGCAGCCAGCGGCGGCGCGCCGACGGCGGCGCCUCCAGCGCGCUGCCGGGCGCCAGCCCGCGCUCGGCGGCGGCCGGGGGCGGCGCGCGGGACGCGUGGGCGGAUGCGGAGGAGGUGGAGGGAGAGAUGCUGGGCCUGCUGGGCGACCUGGUGGCACCAGUGACCCGAGAGCAGGAGCCCAUCAUCAGCGCGGGGGCGGUGGCGGUGACGCAGGACGGGCUGACGCCGCCCGCCAGCCGCGCCGCCUCGCCAGGCGACGACCCCGUGGCCGAGGCGCUGCAGCCGCACGGCGGCAGCAGCAGGCCGCUGCGUGUGCUCAUCAGCGACUGCCGCGUGCUGGUGGACCGAGCGGCGCGGGACGCGGUGUGGGGCGCAGUGGAGCACCUCAUCUCCGCCUUCACCACCGGCGUCUCCCAGCAGCGGCACAACCUGCGCAACGCCGCAGUGCACUCGAUGUUCCCGCCCUCCACGUCGCCCUCCCCGACCCCCGCCCUCACCACCAGCCCCAGCAUGCCUUGGUGCAUCUCCAGCCCGGUGGUGCGGCUGCAACGCCACGUCAGCGAGUCGCAGUCGGCGCUUUCCACCCCGCUGCCCACCCCCUCCGCCGAGCCCCUGGCAGAAGCCCCGCCCAGCGCCCGGCGCAGCGUGGAUGGCCCUGCGCCCACUCCAGGCCAGGCCCCGCAGCAGGCGGCGGGCGCGGCGGCGGGAGACAGUAGCAAUGAGCUGCUGGCGCUGCUGCUGCAGCAGCGGCAGGAGGAAGGGGAGGGCGGGGAGGCGGAGGAGGGGUCGCCGGGAGGGUGUGGGGAGGACGAUGACGAGGAGGAAGACGAGGAGGCGCUGCUGUCCUGCCCUGCGGAUGAUCUGGCGGGGCAGCUCAAGUAUGUGGUGGAAGUGAGGGACCUUCAGAUUACAAUCGAGGCGGAGGCGGCGCAGGGCCGGCUGCUGCUGGCGGCGCGCAGCGGGCGGCUGCAGGGCCUGCACCUGCCGGAGCCGGGCCUGAAUGUGACGGCACUGAUGAUGGAGCAGGCAAGAGCCUCCGCAGCCGCCGCCGCCGCCGCGGCCGCCGCCGCCGCUGCUCCUGGGCUGCUUCGCACAGCGCCGCCGCCACAGCUGCAGCCGCAGCCGCCGCCGCUGGGCUGCUUCACACCGCACGUGUCUGCGCAUGUGACGCAGAUGGAUGUGGACCCAGAUGCGCCUGUGCUGUGGCUGCAGCCCACCCCCACAGGAUACCAGCUGCCCGCGGGGCAGGGCAGGAUGGUGCCCGCCAGGCGCAUCUUCGAGCCCACCCAGAUGAGCCUCAGGCACAGCAAGGCGACGGCCGGCGGCGGCCGGCGCCGGCGCGCGCCGCUGAGCGGGCGGGGCGGCAGGCUGCGCUCCAGCCCGCAGUCGAGCUUCACCGCCUCAGCCAUCCGGGGCGAGGAGCUGGUGAUAAGGGUCCCUGAGGUGCUGGCCGUGAUGGAUAGCCGGGAGUUUGAGGUGCUGGUGGAUGUGGUGGGCAUGCUGCAGAGCCCAGGACCCGUGGUGGACGCGGUGGGCGCAGAGGCGGCGCUGCUGGCGGAGCUGGAGGGGGAGGAAGUGGAGGAGGCGCGGCGGCUGUACGCUCUGAUGCGCCAGCAGCUGUCGGAGCUGCGCCAGGCGUCCCAUACGCUGCGUGCCUCGCUGGGGCUCCAGGCCUUCACCUCCCACCUGGCGCCGCCCGGGUUGCACGCCGACGGCCUGCUGCCGCCGCUGGCGGUGGCCCACUUCCUGGCGGCAGACAGCGCGGACUUUGUGGCGGUACAGUUUGGUACCGCAGCGGAGCUGAACGUAGCGAUGCGGGAGCACCUGGCGGCCGCCUCUGCAGCAGCCGUGGAAGCUGCCGAGGAAGCUGGCGGCGGCGGCUACGGCGGCGGCGGCGGCGGCGAGGCGGCGGAUACGCCGCCUGUGGGCGACCCCGGCGGCGCGGCGCCACCGCCGCCGCCGGACGUGGGUCGCGCCGCGCAGGAGAGCACGGCGCUCGUGGCGCGGCGGCACCUGGGGGAGCGGCAGCAGGAGCAGGAGCAGGCGCUGCUGCUGCGGUGGGUGGAGGAGCAGGAGGGGGGCGCGUACGAGGCGGUGGAGCAGGCCAAGGGCUGCCUGCUGGCGCUCAAGGCCGUGGCGCGCAAGCGCCAGCAGAAGCACUCUGCCUCUCGCCUGCGCCUGCAGCUGGACCGCGUGGUGUGGCAGAUGUGCAGCCUGUCACGGGAACCCUUUGUGCAGGCCGCCAUCCGCCGCCUGUUGCUGGACAAGUUUCAGAACAAGGACCACUCCGGCUCCGCCAAGUUUGUGAUUGGGCGCAUCGAGGUGCUGGACUCCCAGGGCAUGCUGGGGCCCGGCCCCGGCAUCAACGCAGGCGUGAUUCUGUCUGUGUGGAACCCGGAUGCCAGCUGGGAGCGGGACGACAUGGUACGGGCGGUGGCCACCAUGGGGGUGCCCACGCAGACCCACAUCAUCUACGACCACCUGGACCUCAUCCUGCACCCCACAGCCUUCCACCUCACAGAGGGCAUCGCCGUCGCCUUCUGGGAGUACUUCUUCCCUCGCGAGGACGAGUCGAAGGCGCGUGCCGCCGCCGCCUUUGCGCGCAGCGUGGCGGUGCCCGCCGCCGCCGCCGCGCGGCACAGGCGCUCAGCCACGGCGCUUCCAGCUGAGGUGGCGUACUCGCAGCAGGGCUCCCCCAUGGGGCAGGGCUCCCCCAAGCGGCGCACCGUGCUGCUGCCCCCGGGCGACACCAGCAGCCAGCCCAGCAGCGGCGGGCAGAGCCCUCGCGCGGCUGCCGGCACGCCGCGCGCCUCGGCCAUCGUCAACGCAGGCUGGCGCUCCGCCCCCAGCAAGCUGCACCGCCGCACCUCCUCCCUCGCGGCUGAGGGAGGCAACCUCAGCAGGCAGAGCACGCUGGGAGGCUCCGCCACGGCGGCAGCGGCAGCAGCCGCGGCAGAGGCCUCGCUCCUGGAGGCGGCGGCGGAGACGGCGGCGGCGCUGGCCAGCGGCGGCGGCGCCGGCGCCGGCCCCAGCGUCGCCUUUAACCUGCAGCGCACCAGCGGCGGCGGCCCCAGCCACCUGCAGCGCACCAGUGCCACGGGGCAGCUGGAGCGGGCUGGCAGCGGGGCAAUGCGUGCGGGGGCGGGCAGUACGCUGGCUGGCGGCCGCCUGUACCGCCCCCUGUCCAGCAUCAGCCUGGCCGCCUCAGACGCAGACAGCGUGGCGGUGCGCGCGGCGGCGGCCAGCCCGCCGCACCGCAAGGUCCGCUUCGUGCACGUGAAGCUCAACCGGGCGCACUGCCGCGUCACAUACGAGGGCUACCCGCUCACCUUCAACGACCUCAAGCUGGUCAUCGACAACCGCACCUACGUCAACAUUGAGGGCAGGUGGAGGGAGCUGUUCAACAGGAUGAAGUGGGACAUUGUCAAGUCGGUUGUGAAGAGCGAGCUGCUGCCCGAGGGGUUUCCCGGGGAGGAUGGCGAGGGCGGUGCGCGGCGCAAGCCUGGGCUGCUGGCACAGCUGCAAGCGCUGGGCAAGGGACGCAAGGAGGGGGCGGGCGUUGCGGGCGGCGAGGCGGUGCUGUCGGGUGAAGACCUGCGGGCGCAGCACAAGCGGCGCAUGCUGUUUGGCCACAUGCUGCCCGCCACGCCGGGCGCGGCGCAGGCCCCGCACGCGCCAGCCGCGCCGCCGCUGCCCCCGGGUGUCACCGGCGGCGCCAGCGUGGCGGAUGCGCCUGCAGCGGAGGCAUCUGGAGGCAGCCCGGGCGCUGCAUCGCUGGGGGUGGCAGGCUCGCCCGGCGCCUCGCCUGCCGCCCGGUCGGCAGCCGCGAGCGGCGGCACCACGCCGCGGCGUGCUUCCGAGGACGUGGCCGGGGCGGGGGAGGUGUUCCCGGGGCCUCUGGCGGCCGGGCUGGCGCCCCCUGCCCCGCUGGCGUCGGGCGCCUUUGGCAGCACGGCCGCGUUCAGCAGCGCGACGUUGCCAAACCUGGAGCCGGCUGCCUCUGCUGGGUCUGAGGCCGGCAGGCCGGACCCAGCAGCUUCCGCGCCGCCGGGGCAGCAGCAGGCCGGCGGCGGGGCCGGCGGUGGCAGCCGCGGCGCGCUGCCCACGCCCAAGUGGGCGGCCAAGCUGGCCAGCAAGGCGCAGAAGGGGUUCCACAAGCUGCGCGACUCCCUGCAGGAGUGA